AUGGUUGGUGGUGCUAUUGGUUUGGUUGUGGUGGCCGUGGCUCUUAUCAUAUCCAAUAUUCCAUCAGAAACAGCAGCGAUAAGAGAUGUAUUCCCCCAUAAACCAGCAAUGGUAUCUCCUCCUCAAGCCUCCACACUUGCAGAUAAUGACAUCUGCAAAACUCUGGUGGAGCCACAAGGCUACACUUGCCAACAUUAUCAAGUAACAACAGAGGAUGGUUACACUCUUGGGAUGCAGAGGAUUCCAGCUGGAAGGUCAGGCAAGAAAGCAAACAAACCACCCGUUUUGGUACAACAUGGGGUUCUCGCGGAUGCUGCCUUAUAUCUAGUCAGUUCCCCAGAACAAUGUUUGCCCUUCAUAUUGGCUGAUAAUGGCUAUGAUGUAUGGCUUUCCAAUGUUCGUGGCACAGCCUGCAGUCGUACCCACACAUCACUUUCUCCUAAUGACGAGAAAUUCUGGGAUUGGUCAUGGGUUGAAUUGGGUGCUUAUGACCUCCCUGCGUUCAUCGAAGGUGUGCAUAAUCAAACUGGCAAGAAGCUACACUAUGUUGGACACUCCUUGGGAACUUUGAUGGCUCUUUCAGCAUUUUCUACAGAUUUCAAGCAGAUUGACAUGAUAAGAUCGGCCACUUUACUUAGUCCAAUUGCUUAUAUGAAUCAAAUUGGUUCCACGUUAUUAAAAGAGAUUACUGUAUUCUCUUUAGCUGAGACAUCCAUCAAUUUGUUGGGCAUCCAUCAGUUUGAUCCGUCAAGCAAGGAAGUUGCCACCAUUUUGGGAUAUAUAUGUAGUUUACAAGGCAUUGACUGCGUCUCCUAUGAGACUGCUUUAUCAGGCCCAAAUUGCUGUAUAGAUAAACCGACAAUAGAACGUUAUGUUGAACAUCAACUUCAGCCAACCUCCAUGAAGAAUUUGGUUCAUCUUUCUCAGAUGAUCAGAACUGGAACAAUAAGAAAGUACGAUUAUAACACAUCGGAAAAUAUGAAGCAAUAUAAUCAGGCAACUCCUCCUGCAUACGACAUGAGUAAAAUUCCAAAGGAUUUUCCUCUUUUCAUGAGCUAUGGAAAGAAUGAUUAUCUUUCAGAUGUAAAAGAUGUGGAGGUUUUACUUGAGACUAUUAAAGAUCAUGACAAGGACAAGUUGGCAGUACAGUAUUUGGAGAAUUAUGCUCAUAUGGAUUUUGUUAUGGGUAACAAUACCAGACAAGCUGUGUUUGAACCUUUAAUGGCCUUCAUUGCUCAACAUUAAUUAACCUCCCAUAACUACCUAUAUUGUACUUAAUAUUGAAACCCCAUGAAUUCUAUCAUACAUAGUUUCAAUAUUAUA